UCGGUAACGAAAUUGGGAACGAAAUUGGGUAACAAAAAAUGAAACAUUUGAUGGUUGUGUAGAGUGAGUGUGUAUCGUUUCGUUGUUUAAGGGGGGGAGGGAUUUGGGUAGAGUGAGUGUGUAUCGUCAUCGUUUAAGCGUUUGAAUAAUUUUAUCGUCAGUAUUAAUAAGAGCGUCAAGAUGGAAGGAGGUGAGAAAACGAGCUCAACCGAACGCGUGCGAUGCAUCGCAAAAGAAAGAAAAUUUUAAAUUCUGAGUCAUCUAAAAUAAAACAGCCUCUUAGUGGUGCAGAGCGUAAAAGGCUAUGUUUGGAAAAACAAAGGGUUGAUGGCGCGAUGGGUUGGUUGGUCAAUUAUAUGAAUAUCUCGACGCGUUAACGGAGCGGUUGGUUUCGCCAAGAUUGCCAUUUCUUACGACUAGACAACUUCGAUGGUUUCCGGGUGCAAAAAAACUAGUGCCGAUGCUAUGUUCUAUAAGAAAGUAAUGAAGCAAAUUCAGUUCGCUUCGGACAGUUCAAGUGUGCAGAUUUAUUGUAUUAACAAAAUUUAUAAAAAUAUAUUAUUGUAUUAACCAAAUUUAUAAAAAUAUAAUAUUGUAUUAACAAAAUUUAUAAGAAUAUAUUAUUGUAUUAACGAAAUUUAUAAGAAUAUAUAAGAGUAAGAAUGGCGUCGACAUCUAAAAACAUUGCUUUAUCUGCUAGUAGCGACGACGAAGAUUAUGAUGUAUCCAUUGAUACUGAAAAUUUGUAUCUACUUCAGCCAAAGGAUGGUGAAUUAGAAAACGAGGUUGUGGAGAAAUGUAUAUCAGAGGUGAAGGAAAGUGAAGGAAUUAUAACAAAGGAGUUGGAAUAUGUUGCCUUUAAACGGAAGUUUCAUCCGAAUGUUAUCAACCGGUUCAAUUAUACUCAGUAUAAUUAUAAAAAUCCCAUAAAGUUUGCUGUAAUUGGAAACUCAUAUGGCGUAUGCGUGAGUAAUUUGGAGGAUUUUUCUACAAAAACUGUCAUGGAAAGUUUGAAUUCGUUAGAAGCGAAACAUCGUGUGUCGGUAUUGAUGCCCACUGCUUGGCAUGCGGAAACCAAAAAAUUGAUGACCAGCGUUAUUGAAGGUUUCAUAACCGAUUUGCGGAAACUUUCAACAAAAUCAAAGGAUUUGGAGAACAAUUUAAAAAAACAUAAUAUAAAGUUUAGUGAUAUGCCUGAUAUAUUGAACAAAUUAAAAACUAGAUAUAUCACUGGUUCCAGUAUACGACAAGGAAAAACAUCACCCGGUGUAUUUGGCGUACGCCUAUUCACAUCACAAACACCACCAGCAAAAAUUUUGUCACCGGUUCUUGAGCUUAAGGGGGACAGUAUAGUUGAAAGCAAGUGGGAAAAAUUGUCUACUCCAAAUUAUAUGUAUUCGGUUAUAAUCGUCAAAUUUACUGGGUUUAAGAUAACAAAAUCUGGGUUAUCUUUAGAUCUAGCUGUCGAUUGUUUGCUGUACAAGAAAAUGCAACGCUCACAUGAGAAACCUGAGUCAUCAUAUUUACGAGCAAGCGUUGUCGUUAAAAGGAGAGCAACUGAAAGCGAUGAUGACAGCAGUGACGAACACUGCCAUCAAAUUAAAAAAAUAUAAAUUCUAAUUUAUACAAAAAAAUUGAGAAAAAAAAAUAAAAAUAUAUUUAA